GUCACUCGUUCCUUGUUCCUUCUGGCUGCUUCCGCGCACGAUUCCGUUUCUUUACAGUGCCGUUCUGUUCAAGCCACAUUACGGCUAGUGUCAUUCGGUUCGGUCAUCACGAAAGGUGAAAAAAUAUGACGAUAUCGGUGUGAACAAGAAAUCGCGACGUGACGACGAUUCUAGAGAGUCAGUAGAAAGAAAAUCGAAUCUUUUGAUUAUCCAUAGUGCGGGAGAUGGAAAAAAUGAGCUACCAGAUUACGCUGCAGGAUUGCAUCGGUGGUGAUAGCACCUUCGAUAUUGACGUGUUCGAAAGGACAAUCAUCCAGCAGCAGCAACAGGUUCCGCAGUAUUUUCAGCACCUGACGGUGGAGGAAAAUUCCCAGCAAAUUGGUUCGCUGGAUUUGGUGCUGGUGGCCACUACCAAAGGAGGAGAAAAUACACCCACUACAACGACGACGAGCGAAGGUGGGAAAGUCAAACCAGAUCCGCCUCUCCCUAGUACGGUGGACACCGAGCAGGUCCAAAGCCUGAUCCAGACGAACCACCAGCCUCCGAGGAAUAUUGAUAGUAUCGAUGCACCUCCUAGUGAUAUGAUUCUAUUAGAGAAAAUUGAUGAUGAUCAGGAGGAGGACGGAGGUUUUUCUUCAUCCGAAUUGUGUAGUCAGUACGAAAACAAUACUCUAAACGAUGAAGGAGAGCCAUCGCAUGCCACUAUCACAAUGGAGGGUCUUGAUGAGCAAGGAAUGGCCCGUUAUCGGUGCGACUAUGGUGAUUGUGAUCGGAGUUACAGUACGGUGGGAAACCUUCGUACCCACAUGAAAACUCAUCGAGGAGAGUACAAAUUUAAAUGCACCGAGGUCGGCUGCACCAAAGCCUUCCUAACCUCGUACAGCCAGAAGAUCCACAUCCGGGUGCACACCAAAGUUAAACCGUUCGUGUGUGCCGAGAGUAGUUGUCGCAAGGCGUUCAACACUCGGUACCGGCUGCGUGCUCACGAGAGGCUCCACAAUGGGGAAACCUUCAACUGCGAGGUUUGUUCCAAAUUUUUCACCACCCUCAGCGAUCUGAAGAAGCACUCGCGGGUGCACACCCAGGAGAGGCCGUACAAAUGCAAAGAGGACAAAUGUGGCAAAGCAUUCACCGCAUCACAUCACCUGAAAACGCACAGCCGCACACAUUCGGGGGAGCGACCGUUUUUCUGCGCUGUUACCGAGUGCCAGAAAUCCUUCAGCACUCCCCACAGUCUCAAGUCGCAUACCAAGACCCAUGAAAAAUUGAAGAAGAAAUCCUCAAAGUCAUCGAAGCAACGUAAAGUAGCAAAAACCGUGAAACCGGUCGUAAAAAAAGAAAAGCAAGAGGCAAAAUCUACAGAAGAUGAACCGCAGCCACCACCGCCUACACUGGAAUCAGUUGUUGCCGAAAACCAACUCCAGGAAGAACCCUUCAACCUUCUCGAUUUUCAUGAAUCCAAAGCCCUGGAGAUGGCUUUGGCCUCCGAGGAAGAAUUCAACUCCCCGUGGGUUGAUAUCUCUGUUCUGGAGACGAAACCACUGGCUUUGGACCCCGUAACGUCAUCAUGUGUAGCGCUACCCACCAAUGUUCCCUCGUACGUAGAUUUGCCGUUCAACGUGAACGUGGCAGACUUCGUUCAAUCGGAUGUCGGCAAUUCGGAUGGUGACUUGUUCAUGGGUAGUUAUUACGACGAAGGUUUACUGGAAGCCAACGCGAGCAAAGAGAUUGAUGAAGCAAUUCAAAACAGUGAGCAUAAUGUGACCGAUCGAAAGCGGGAAACUGACACGAUUUUGAAUGAAUUGUUCCUGGAGGGAUUACUUCCUUCAUCGUCAGAUUCCGUGGAAACUUCUCAAGACACUAACAACAACAACCUCUGCCCGGAGCCUGUGAAAACUUUAAAGGACAUCACGGCCGAUGCAGACAUCUGUAGAUGCGUAAACUGUCAGUGUGAUCCGUUGCAGGGAUGCAUCGGAGGGUGUGGCCCCGAUCGUCCUUGCCAAACUAGUCAACAGCCUAUGCAGCCUUUGGUGGAAUCGAUGCCGACAAACCCAUCGCUGCAGAACUUUAACAGCUUAUACCAAACCCAACAAGAAACUGUUCCUGUCCCACCGAAAUCCGGUGGCUGCUGCGGUGGCAAAAAGGGAGCAAAUCAACCACAACAAGAAACUCAGUACAGCAGUUAUAAUUACUCAGCUACGCCGGAACCCAUCACAGAUUUGUUGACUAACAUACUCGGACAGCAGGGCUGCCACUGUAGUGGCCCCAUGGAAGGCGUGACCAAGGGUUGCUGUGUAGUAAUCUGCUUGAAAACACUGGAAACUCUACGCAACGUGCUGACCACUCAACCGAACCUGAUCCGAUGCCAUAGCUCCAGCGGCAGUGCCAUAGCGAACUAGAAGGCUAUUUUAAGUGAUGAACUCAAACGCCAAAUUGUUACAAACGCACUUUUUAGGUUUUCGUUUUUUUUAUUAGAUGUAAGAUUGAUAUUGUAACAAAUGGAUCGGCAUAGCCGAAUCCAUCUCCAAAGUUAUCUCUCACCAUGAGAGAAUGAAAUGAUAUUCAUUGUUCUUUUUUU